AUGUAUGAAGCUCAAGCAAGGUGGCGCGAGUGCCUCUCCUCCGCGUUUCGGACCGCCUUAGCCUGCACCAUUGUCUGCUGCACCACCCUCUAUGGCCCCGCCUUCCUCCAACGCCAAAUACCCUUCCCGGCAUUUUCGUACGUGACGGCAAUCCUCAUUGUGAGCACUGAUGCAACAUUAGGUGACACACUCCGUGGCUGCUGGCUCGCUCUCUACGCCACGGCCCAGAUCGCCGGUCCAGCUAUCUUGUGCUUGUGGCUUAUUGGACCGGCCAGGUUAUCUAGCCUGACCACCGCGCUGGCGGUGGCGCUUUGCGCGUUUGUGGUAGUGCUGCCGGAGUCCACUCACUUGGUGGCUAAGCGCAUAGCUUUGGGUCAGAGUGUGAUUUUGUACGUGAUAGCUUUUAUCGAUGGCGCCGACACUGAGGCUGUCAUGCACCCUGUUCACGUCGCAGCCAGCACUGCAGUUGGAGCCUUGGCUUCUCUUCUCGCCUUGUUGCUUCCUUACCCACGGCUAGCCUAUUACGAGGUGAAACAGAAGCGCAAGCUACUGGCUGAGAAUGCAGCAGAGAGGCUAAAGCUCUUUGUGCAAGCAUUUUGUGCCGAGGAGGGCAUAUCCGCACUUGCAUUAAUCUCUCAAGCUAAGUCUUGUGGAACAGGAACCAAAUUUCUUCAAAGUAUCAAAACUCACCAAGAAAGCAUGCAGUGGGAGAGACUUGCAGUUAAAAUUAUCCAACCCUGGCAAAAAAACACAGGAGGAGGUAGACUGCAAGACACAGAGAUGCUCUUUAGAGGGAUGGAAAUGGCUUUAACAAACAUCUCUUCAUAUCCAGUUAAAAUGCUGGAUGGAGAGCUCAAAGAUGAUUUGCUUCGACUAUUCAUAAAACAAGCCAAGUGCUUUUUGCCCAUUGAUCCAGUAAGUACUGUUCCAGAGUCCUCCAGUGCAGAAGAUCAUCAUAUAAUAAAGUCCCUCCAAAAACUUCGAACCAUUCCAAUAACCCACCAAGAUUUACCCUCAUUUUUCUUCUUAUUUUGCAUGAAAUCCAUCCAUGACAAGUCACUCACCAAACCAUCUGUUACCAAACCAGACAAUGCAUGUAAAAUCAAUGUGUUCUGCUUCAAAGGGAUUUGGAGCAGCAGUAGGCUAAUGCCAGCAUUCAAAUGUUCACUAUCCUUGGGCCUUGCAGUACUAUUUGGGUUGCUUUAUAGCAAGGAAAAUGGAUAUUGGUCAGCACUCCCAGUAGCAAUCAGUCUUGCAUCAGCCAGGGAGCCAACGUUCAAAAUUGCCAACAUUAAAGCACAGGGGACUGCCUUAGGAACAGUGUAUGGAGUAUUGGGUUGCUUUCUUUUCAAAAAGUUCUUGCCAAUAAGAAUCUUAUCUCUUCUCCCUUGGUUCAUUCUUACCGAUUUUCUCCGGCGUAGCCGGAUUUACGGCCAGGCUGGAGGAAUUUCUGCAGUCAUUGGGGCAGUACUAAUACUUGGCAGGAAAAAUUUUGGUUCCCCAAGUGAAUUUGCUAUAGCAAGAAUUACAGAGACCUUCAUUGGAUUGUCAUGUUCAAUCAUUGUUGAACUUAUUUUGCAGCCCACUAGAGCUUCAGUUCUAUCAAAAAUUUUACUCUCUAAGAGUCUUGGAACAUUGCACACGUGUGUCAACUCAGUAAGCCUUGGAAUAGGCAGCAAAUUAUCCGAUUUGGAACAGAGCCAAAAGAGGCUGCAAAUCCAAAUAAGUGAGCUGGAAAAGCUCAUUGAGGAAGCUGAUGUGGAACCCAAUUUCUGGUUUUUGGCUUUUCAUAGUGCCUGCUAUGGUAGGCUAUUGCAGUCGCUGACAAAAAUGGUUGAUCUCUUGCAUUUUAUUGCUCAAAUUGUGGGAUAUAUAUCUCUCCAACAAGAAUCACAAGAGGGUUCUUGGGAGGAGGUUGUCAACAAGCUAAACGACAACAUUAAACUUUUCAAGGAAAUGGUUGGCUCCUCAAUUAAGUGUUCUGAACAAGUCACUUCGAUAAAGUCGCUCACAUUACUUGAAACGGAGCUCGAGAAGAAAAACGUUUCGUGUGAUGAUGAUGAUGACCUUGAGUUGGGAAAAUCACAAGACCCAAAAAUUGUUUUGGUUUCCAGUUUACAUCAUGAGAAUGGGAUGGAGGAGAUAAUAGAUUCAUAUCUGCAACAUUCUGAAGAACUUCUUGACAAAAUCCAUGGGGACGAUGAAAAUGAGCUCAAGUGCCAAGUAGCUCUAAAUUUGGCUGCUCUAGGAUUUUGCAUGAGUAGUUUAGUGAAAGAGACCAGAGAGAUUGAGAAGGAAAUCAAGGAGCUGGUUCAGUGGGAGAAUCCUUUGAGCCACAUUGACUUAAACGAAAUCUCAUCUAAAAUACAUGCUUUACACAAAUUAUAA